UUAAAUCAGUUUACACAAACGACUAUGCCGAUCCAGAGACUUAUCCAGAAGUACCCAGCUCCUGGGCACAAAGAUGACAUGCCAUUACUUUUCCAUGAGCCCCACGUUGAGACUGGCUUUCGACACAUCCACCAACCAUGGCAUUACUACCUCCUUAGUCUCUUCCAACGACACAAUGAGUGUAUGAAUGCCUGGACACACCUCAUUGGCUGCAUUGUGGCAAUUUAUCGCAUCCACAAAAUAUCCUAUGAAUUUAAUGCUUACAAUGAUCCAUGGAUGUACCCGAUGCUUGCUGGCUCGAUUACCAUGAUUAUCAUGUAUUUCUGCAGUUUUGCCGCCCAUACUUUCCACAACAAGUCUGAGCUUUGGCAUUACACUUGCUUCUAUAUUGAUUACUCAGGCAUUGGUGUGUAUGGACUUGGAAGCACGAUCAUCCACUACUUUUAUUGCACCCAUCCAAAUUUAACCGAAUCUUUUAUCUACAAAAUGGCAGUUCCAGUUGGUGUUAUUUUAUCUAUAAACGUUUGCGCUUGCUGUAGCAUAUCCAAAACAUUGUAUUCCCGGCCUUACCCAUUUACAAGGAAGAUUUGGCAACUGUCUUCUGUUCUGGGAAUCUACCUGUGGUUAAACAUUCCAAUUUUUCAUCGAAUGUACAUGUACUAUUGUACAGAUAGAGUAGAUCCAGAAAAGUGGGACCAAAGCUUUGACGACCACACACAACAGAUGAUUUGGUUUGUAACAGCUGGGUUUUUCUUUGGCUCAGAUAUUCCGCAACGAUUCUUUCCAGGAAAGUUUGACUUUCUCUUUCACAGUCAUCAAAUCUUCCAUGUAUUCAUCAUGCUGAUGAACUUCAAGCAAAUAGAUGGCAUGUAUAGCGACAUUCAUCUACACCUUGAGCGAAUAAAGAAAGUUGAAGAUGUACCAACUUUCUGGAAUACAUUUGGAGCUGUUCUUCUUGCCAUCACUGCAAAUAUCAUAGUUGUGUUAUUUUUCCAAGAAAAGGCUAAGGCAAGACUAAAACGAGAAUCUGAGGAAAGAGCAAAGUAGUUUAUACUGGCAGAUAGCGCUGGGAAAUUGUAUGCCAUUCUGUUAAUGUAUCCCUAAAAUCUCUGUCUUAAUGAUCUGUUUAAGUAAGCAGGACUAACUGUUUAUGUGGGUUAAAUUGAAACAGCUUUGAAAAUACAUUUCAUGUUUAAUAACAUGUUGUUGUUUUUUGUUGUUGUUGUUGUUGUUUUUAAUUUUGAGAGGCACAAUCUUAUACAUAUUCUAUUUUAUAUUGACUUGUUUAGAUAUAUAUUUAAAUGCUGUUAAUCAAUAGAUGUGGUCUGUGAUCUUUUCUUUAGAUGUACAAGUGUUUGUCACAUGGAAAAUAAAACUGACAUUAAUUAUCAGUCCCUGAUUUCCAAUAUACAUUAAGCCUAACAGGUUUAAGGAUCAUAUUUUAUUGUUCCAAAUUGCUUCCUAAAACUUGAUUUUAUUAACCAAAACAUUGUUUAUCAAAUGAAUAUCUAUUGAAUAAGACUCAAAACUCUCUAAAAUGAUAUACUGGCCCCAAUUCAGCGUACAUUUCAGUCCCUUAAAAGUCUGGAAUAAGCUCAGCACAAUUUUUUUUUCAUUCAAAAGGAAAUUGUCUGAUUUUUAUCACAAUCAAAUUUUUUAAAUUGUUAAGUCUCGUUUAUAUAAAUGUAUUUCAAAGUGUAUUUUGAAUGCUUUCAGACUGCAAUUCUGUAGUUAACAAUCAUUUUUGUUGUUGAAUUGGAUUUUGAUUGGAUCCUUAAUAUUCAUGUUCCAAUGCAUUUUCAAUGAAUGUUUGUUAUUGUAUGUUCACUGACGUAUCAACAUUUCAUGAAUAGACUUUUAUUAUUGGAAACUUGUAAUCCACACUUUUCCCUUUAUACAGCACAAUUCAGCACAUCUAUCCAUUGCAAAUCAAGUCUUUUUAUUCACUAUAUUUUUUAAAUAUAAAGUCUGUGCCACUACACACCGCUUAUGAUUUGCAUUUAAAGUGAAAGUAGGAUAAUUUUUCACAACCUUGACCUUGUUAUUUGAAACGUUUUACUAGUUUGUGUUGUCGAAAUUUUAGUGCCAUGUAUUUUGAAAUGUUUGAAUAUUGCAUUUUCAAAUCUAAAACAGUAGCAUAAUAAAUGUGUAGAUUAGUUUGUUUGUCACCGCAUGGCGCAUGCAGAAAUCCUGGAAAACCCCAAUGUUUAUGAAUUCCUAAUAAUGUUUAUUAGCCAGGUUUUUACAUAUUGAAACCUGGUUAUAAGAAUGAUGAACGUCGUUGUUCGGGCGGGCAGGCGGCCGGCCGGCGUCUAACUCGCCUAUGAAACCGAAUAAUUUCGGUAAAGGUUGACAUAUCUUGACCAAACUUGGUCUAUAAGAACAGUUUAUGGAUACCUUUCAUGAGAUUGGGGUCCCUAGAGUCAAGGUCAAGGUCACUGUUACUAAAAAUAGAAGAAUGGUUGAAACUGAAUAACUUUAGUUUUGGUUGACAUAUCUUGACCCAACUUGGUAUAAAGGAAAGGUUUAUGGAUACCUUUCAUGGGAUUGCGUUUGGGGUUCCUAGGGUCAAGGUCACUGUUACUAAAAAAAGAAAAACAGUUGAAACUGAAUAACUUUAGUUAGGGUUGACAUAUCUUGACCCAACUUAGUAUAAAAGAAGAGUUUAUAGAUACCUUUCAUAGGAUUGCAUUUGGGGUGCCUAGGGUCAAGGUCAAGGUCACUGUAACUAAAAAUAGAAAAACAGUUGAAACUGAAUUACUUUAGUCAGGGUUCACAUAUGUUGACGAAAUUUGGUAUAAAGGAAGAGUGUAUGGAGACCUUUCAUGGGAUUGCAUUUGGGGCCAUAGGGUCAAGGUCACUGUUACUAAAAAUAAAAAAAAACAGUUGAAACUGAAUAACUUUAGUCAGGGUUAACAUAUCUUGACCAAACUUGGUAUAUAGGAAGAGUUUAUUGAUACUUUUCAUGAGGUUGCGUUUGGGGUUCCUAGGGUCAAGGUCACUGUUACUAAAAAUAGAAAAACAGUUGAAACUGAAUAACUUUAGUCAGGGUUCACAUAUCUUGACCAAACUUGGUAUAUAGGAAAAGUUUGUGAACAAGUUCCUUUAAAAUCAUUUUCAUUUCCCAGCAACAGAGUUUGAUGAUUUACUAAAAUCACCGAUGAUAACAAUAUCUAUAAUUAUGUGCCAUGACAAAGUAACAUAAUCAUCUUUAUUUAUUGAUUAACCUUUCCCUUUAAUGUUCAUUUCCCCACUUAUGCAUGCUUCCUGUCUUCUGUGUAUAUCCUCUAACCAAAUUGGCCUGUUCUUAUACAUGUAUAAACACAACACACAAUAAAUCAACUGAAUUAUAAUUCUCACAACACAGGCUGAAGUUCUUCUGUCAAUCAUUGAAAACCUGGUUUCAUCGCAUUGCGGCGUUUCUUGUUUAUGUUAGUAUUAUAGCUGAUAGUCACUUUUAGCUUGACUCAAAGAUUAAGGAGAGCUAUACUACUCACCUUAGCAAUGGCGUUGGCAUAGGCCUCACACCUUGGUUAAGGUUUUGCAUGUUAGCACCUUCAAGUUAUUAUCUCAGCAAGUACAUCACUUAUUGCAUUGAAACUUUUUCAAAAGAUUGAAAGAUAAGAGUUUCCAACUAUACAACCUACUUGUACUUAAUUAAUAAAGUAAGCUUACAUUGUUUUGAAUACAAUGCAAGUUAUGGGCCUUUAUUAUUUGACUCAGAAAUUCUGGCUCAUGUAAGCACACAUAGGUUACAUAAUCUCAGCAACUACUCGCAUUGAGAUUAAUACACUACUCAAUGAUCAAAACAUAUUUAAACAAAGGAUGUUUGUCAAACAUUAUGACCCCCCACCCCCCCUGAGCGCCAUGUUGUCAGGAUUAAUAUGGACAUUUGAAUGAAAUAUGCAUGGACCGAAAUGACAGCUGAUUUGUCACUGACAUUGGAUGCUGUUAAGGCAAUUUGAAGAAUAUGACCAUUCAAGUGUGAGGAUAGAGUGUGUUAUGACCAUGACCUUUGACCUCAAAAUCCAUAGGAGUCAGCUGGUCACCGAAACCUAAAAAAAACAC